AUGGCGGCGGUCAAAGUCCAUAAUGCCAGAACCAGGUCGAGUCGGCUCCACAAAGGCUCUCAGCAUAACGAAAAGUUGAACAAAGAUAAUCUUAUGUUGUUGCGACGAUACGGAGCCAGCCUUUUGCUCCGGCAGAGGUGUCAGAACACCGAUGGACUGGAUCGCUCCCACGGAUGCAUGCCCUCAGCCUUGCUUCGGAAAGACCUGAGGGAUGGCGGCAGGAGAACUCCCAAUGCUUUUGUGGCUUUGAUGUUCAUUCAUCUGAACCCUUCCGAGAUAUUCGAGCCAGGAGAUCCGCAGCCGACAAUAACUCCUCGACGAGUGCUCCUUGACACUGGAGCGGACUUCAACUUGAUUUCCCAUGGCGCCGUCACAGAGCUCAGUUUGACCAAACAGCCGUACGAAGGGCGCGUCCACUCGAUUGGCGGAUCCGCAACGUUCAACGGCACACUGCCUCUUCAGUGGCACUUUCGUAGCCCGCUUUCCACCUCCAGUUGUUCCUUGCUAUUGCAUCGUGCUCCCUUCAACGUUCUGGCUGCUGGCGAAGAGGCCAUGUUCGAUUGCAUUAUCGGCCGACAAUGGAUCGAUGAGAACUGGACCGAAUUUAUAGCCUUGGUUGAGAUGAAUCGACAAAGGGCGACUCUUGCG